AGGGAGACCUCGGUGGUCAGAAAGGAACCGAGUUGUCUUGGGCCGGGCAGGGCGGGUAAGUUGUAGGAGCCCGGUCCGUGAGGGACUGCUAAGGAAGAGGCUGCAUGGCGCGGUAGUCCCCCGAGUGGAGGUCGGCUGCCCCUGGGAAACCAGAGAAUCGGAGGGAGUCCAUCUGGAGCGGCCAAGUAGGUCGGGGAAGGGCCGCGCCUGACGUCUGGCUCCGCAGGUGGUGACUUUCAAAAGGAAAUAGGAUCAUGGCAGCAGAUGAUGACAAUGGUGAUGGAACAAGUUUAUUUGAUGUCUUUUCCGCUUCUCCUCUUAAGAACAAUGAUGAAGGCUCAUUGGACAUAUAUGCUGGGUUGGACAGUGCUGUUUCUGACAGCGCUUCCAAAUCCUGUGUACCAUCAAGAAAUUGUUUGGACUUAUAUGAAGAGAUCCUGACUGAAGAAGGAACUGCAAAGGAGGCAACAUAUAAUGAUUUGCAAGUAGAAUAUGGAAAAUGUCAACUACAAAUGAAAGAGCUGAUGAAAAAGUUUAAAGAAAUACAGACACAGAAUUUCAGCUUAAUAAAUGAAAACCAGUCUCUUAAGAAGAAUAUUUCAGCACUUAUCAAAACUGCCAGAGUGGAAAUAAACCGCAAGGAUGAAGAAAUAAGUAAUCUUCACCAAAGAUUGUCUGAGUUUCCACAUUUUCGAAAUAAUCAUAAAACUGCAAGGACAUUUGAUACAGUUAAAACAAAAGAUCUUAAAUCUAGAUCUCCACAUUUGGAUGAUUGUUCAAAGACUGAUCACAGAGCUAAAAGUGAUGUUUCUAAAGAUGUACAUCAUAGCACUUCACUGCCAAAUCUGGAAAAGGAAGGAAAACCACAUUCUGAUAAAAGGAGUACUUCACAUUUACCUACAUCUGUCGAGAAACACUGCACUAAUGGUGUUUGGUCACGUUCUCAUUAUCAGGUUGGUGAGGGUAGCUCCAAUGAGGAUAGUAGAAGAGGAAGAAAAGAUAUUAGAUAUAGCCAGUUUAACAGAGGAACUGAAAGAGUACGAAAAGACUUAAGUACUGGCUGUGGUGAUGGUGAACCAAAGAUAUUGGAGGCUAGUCAAAGGCUACAAGGACAUCCUGAGAAAUAUGGUAAAGGUGAAUCAAAGACUGAAAGCAAAAGUUCAAAGUUUAAAAGUAACUCAGAUUCUGACUAUAAAGGUGAACGCAUUAACUCUUCUUGGGAGAAAGAGACCCCUGGAGAAGGGUCACACAGUCGAGUAGACUCUCAAAGUGACAAAAAACUAGAAAGACAAAGUGAAAGAUCACAAAAUAUAAAUAGGAAAGAAGUUAAAUCACAAGACAAAGAAGAAAGAAAAGUUGAUCAAAAACCUAAAUCAGUAGUAAAGGACCAAGAUCACUGGAGAAGAGCUGAACGAGCAUCACUUCCUCAUUCCAAGAAUGAAAUAACAUUUUCUCAUAAUUCAAGUAAAUACCAUCUAGAAGAGAGAAGAGGAUGGGAAGAUUGUAAAAGAGACAGGAGUGUAAACAGUCAUAGUUUUCAAGAUGGAAGAUGUCCAUCUUCUCUUUCAAACAGUAGAACUCACAAAAACAUUGACUCUAAGGAAGUUGAUGCUAUGCACCAGAGGGAAAAUACAUCUUUAAAAGCAGAAAGACAUAGAACUGAAGAUAAGAGGAAAAGAGAACGAGAAAGCAAAGAAGAAAAUAGGCAUAUUAGAAAUGAAAAAAGAGUACCUACAGAACAUUUGCAGAAGGCUAAUAAGGAAACUAAGAAAACCACUACUGAUUUAAAGAAACAGAAUGAGCCAAAGACUGAUAAGGGAGAAGUCCUUGAUAAUGGUGUUUCUGAAGGAGCAGAUAAUAAAGAGCUUGCAAUGAAAGCUGAGUGUGGUCCAAAUGAAACAAAAAACAAAGACCUAAAAUUGAGUUUUAUGAAAAAAUUGAACUUAACUCUUUCUCCUGCUAAAAAGCAGCCUGUUUCUCAGGAUAAUCAGCAUAAAAUAACUGAUGUUCCCAAGUCCAGUGGUGUAUGUGAUUCAGAGUCUUCAGUGCAAGCUAAAACAGUGGCAUAUGUUCCCUCCAUCAGUGAACAUAUCUUGGGGGAAGCCUCUGUCAGUGAACAUACCAUGGGGGAAACCAAGUCAACGUUAUUGGAACCAAAGGUUGCUCUUCUAGCAGUGACUGAACCCAGGAUCGGUAUCUCAGAAACCAAAAUGGAAGAUGAAAAUUGUUUGUUAGUUAGAUCUGUUGACAAUACUAUGCGUUGUGAAGUGCCCAUUUGUGGUACAGAGACUUCCUUCCCAUCUCCUAUGGAAAUACAACAGACAGAAUCCUUGUUUCCAUCAACAGGAAUGAAACAAACCAUUAAUAAUGGAAGGGCAGCAGCUCCUGUGGUAAUGGAUGUAUUACAAGCAGAUGUGUCUCAAAACUUUGGCUUGGAAUUGGAUACCAAAAGAAAUGAUAAUUCAGAUUCUUGUGGUAUUUCUGAAGGUAUGGAAAUGAAGGUGGCACUUUCAACAACAGUGAGUGAAACCACUGAAAGCAUUUUGCAGCCUUCAAUUGAGGAAGCUGAUAUUUUGCCAAUAAUGCUUUCAGAAGAUAAUAACCCAAAAUUUGAGCCUUCUGUUAUAGUUACACCACUGGUUGAGAGUAAGUCGUGUCAUUUGGAGCCUUGCUUACCUAAAGAGACUCUAGAUUCUUCACUUCAGCAGACUGAGUUAAUGGACCACAGAAUGGCAACUGGUGAAACAAACUCAGUAUAUCAUGAUGAUGAUAACUCGGUUUUGAGCAUUGACCUUAAUCACCUGAGACCUAUUCCAGAAGCCAUCAGUCCUCUGAAUAGUCCAGUGAGACCUGUAGCAAAAGUUCUUAGAAAUGAAAGCCCACCUCAUGUUCCAGUGUAUAAUAACAGUCAUAAAGAUGUGCUUUUACCAAAUUCAGCUCAUUCUACCUCUAAGAGUCAGUCUGAUCUCAAUAAGGAAAAUCAAAAGCCAAUUUACAAAUCUGACAAAUGUACAGAAGCAGACACAUGUAAGAAUUCACCAUUAGAUGAAUUAGAAGAAGGAGAAAUUAGAAGUGAUAGUGAAACAUCUAAACCACAAGAAAGUUUUGAAAAAAAUUCCAAGCCUAGAGCGUCAGCUGAUGUGCGGAAGUCAAAGACUAUCCCACGACGUGGGAAAAGUACUGUGUGUUUAGAUAAAGACAGUAGGAAAACACAUGUAAGGAUCCAUCAGACCAAUAACAAAUGGAAUAAAAGACCUGAUAAAUCUAGCAGAUCUUCAAAAACAGAGAAGAAAGAUAAAGUGAUGAGCACUUCCAGCUUGGAAAAAAUAGUUCCAAUUAUUGCUGUACCCUCUUCUGAACAAGAGAUCAUGCACAUGUUACGAAUGAUAAGAAAACAUGUAAGAAAAAAUUACAUGAAAUUCAAGGCAAAAUUUUCAUUAAUCCAAUUUCACAGAAUUAUUGAGUCAGCAAUUUUGAGUUUUACAUCUCUAAUUAAACAUCUCAACUUACACAAAAUCUCUAAGUCAGUGACUACCUUACAGAAGAAUCUCUGUGAUGUUAUAGAGUCUAAACUUAAGCAAGUUAAAAAGAAUGGCAUAGUUGAUCGUUUAUUUGAACAGCAGCUACCAGAUAUGAAAAAAAAAUUGUGGAAGUUUGUAGAUGACCAACUUGAUUAUUUGUUUGCAAAGCUUAAGAAAAUCUUAGUAUGUGAUUCCAAAAACUUUGGAAGAGAUAGUGAUGAAGGCAAACUUGAAAAAACAAGUAAACAGAAUGUACAGUAUUCAAAUAGUCAGAAACGGAGUGUGGACAACUCCAGCAAAGAAUUGCUGAAAGAAAAAUUAUCAAAAUCAGAAGACCCUGUUCAUUAUAAGUCUUUUGUGGGAUGUAAAAAAUCUGAGGAAAGUUAUCAAGACCAAAAUAACUCCAGUAUUAACACUGUAAAGCAUGACAUUAAAAAAAAUUUUAACAAUUGCUUUGAUAAUACAAAGAACUCUCAAUCCGAAGAGCGCUCCUUGGAACUACACUGUCCAAGCACCCCAAAGUCAGAAAAAAACGAAGGAAGCAGCAUAGAGGAUGCACAGACAUCCCAGCAUGCAACUUUGAAGCCAGAACGAAGUUUCGAGAUUCUUACCGAACAGCAAGCAUCGAGCCUUACUUUUAAUUUAGUGAGUGAUGCACAAAUGGGUGAAAUAUUUAAAAGUUUGUUGCAAGGUUCUGAUCUUUUAGACAGCAGUGUUAACUGUACUGAAAAAAGUGAGUGGGAGUUAAAGACUCCAGAGAAGCAGCUGCUAGAGACUCUUAAGUGCGAGUCUAUACCAGCUUGUACAACAGAAGAGCUAGUUUCAGGGGUGGCUUCUCCAUGUCCUAAAAUGAUUAGUGAUGAUAAUUGGUCAUUAUUAUCAUCUGAAAAAGGUCCAUCUCUGUCUUCAGGGCUUUCAUUGCCGGUUCAUCCUGAUGUGUUGGAUGAAAGUUGUAUGUUUGAAGUGUCUACUAACCUACCUUUAAGUAAAGAUAAUGUGUGUAGUGUAGAAAAGAGCAAGCCCUGUGUUUCUUCCAUACUUCUUGAAGAUCUAGCAGUCUCUUUAACAGUACCAUCGCCUCUGAAGUCAGACGGUCAUCUCAGUUUUUUAAAGCCUGAUGUGUCAUCCAGUUCAACUCCUGAAGAAGUCAUUAGUGCUCAUUUUAGUGAAGAUGCCUUACUUGAGGAAGAGGAUGCAUCUGAGCAAGAUAUUCAUUUAGCUCUGGAGUCUGAUAAUUCAAGCAGUAAAUCAAGUUGUUCUUCUUCCUGGACUAGCCGAUCUGUUGCUCCAGGCUUUCAGUACCACCCUAAUCUACCUAUGCAUGCUGUCAUAAUGGAAAAGUCCAAUGAUCAUUUCAUUGUGAAAAUACGACGUGCAACACCAUCUACCUCUUCUGGUCUUAAACAGAGUAUGAUGCCUGAUGAAUCAUUGAUGUCUUUGCCCAGACAUGGAAAGGAAGCUGAUGAAGGAGCAGAGAAAGAAUAUAUUUCAUGUCAGAACACAGUUUUUAAAUCUGUGGAGGAAUUGGAAAAUUGCAACAAAAAUGUUGAUGGCAGCAAGUCAACUCAUGAAGAACAGAGCUCUAUGAUACAAACACAGGUUCCUGAUAUAUAUGAAUUUCUUAAAGAUGCUUCAGAUAAGAUGGGUCAUAGUGAUGAAGUGGCUGAUGAAUGUUUCAAAUUGCAUCAAGUAUGGGAAACAAAACUGCCUGAAAGCAUUGAGGAACUGCCUUCAAUGGAAGAAAUCUCACACUCUGUCGGGGAACAUCUUCCAAACACAUACAUAGAUCUAACAAAAGAUCCAGUCACUGAAACCAAAAACUUGGGGGAAUUUAUAGAAGUAACAGUUUUAAAUAUUGAUCAGUUGGGAUGUUCUGGAGGCAAUUUAAAUCAAAGUGCUCAAAUAUUAGACAAUUCUUUGCAGGCUGAUACUGUAGAUGCUUUUAUUGAUUUGACACAAGAUGCUUCAUGUGAUACUAAAAGUGAAGGUAAUCAUCCUGAAUUAGCUGUGGAAGACUUGGGAUGUGGGGUGAUACAGGUAGAUGAAGAUAAUUAUAAGGAAGAAAAGGCACAAAUGGCAAACAGUCCUUUAAAAUGCAUUGUUGAGGAACCCUAUAUCGACUUGACGACAGAAUCUCCCAGUUCAUGUGAAGUAAAAAAAGAUGAAUUAAAAUCAGAGCCAGGAUCAAAUUGUGAUAACUCGGAGUUGCCUGGGACUUUGCAUAAUGCUCACAAAAAGAGAAGAAACUUUUCUGAUCUAAAUCAUCCUCAUAAAAAACAAAGAAAGGAAACAGACUUAACUAAUAAGGAAAAGACCAAGAAACCUACCCAAGAUUCUUGUGAGAAUACUGAAGCUCACCAAAAGAAAGCUAAUAAGAAGGCCCCUCCUGUGAAUAAAGAUCCCUCAUCAUUAAAGGCAACCCCAGGGAUUAAGGAUUCAUCAGCAGCACUUGCCACUUCUACAAGCCUUUCUGCAAAAAAUGUUAUUAAAAAGAAGGGAGAAAUUAUCAUUUUAUGGACAAGAAAUGAUGACCGGGAAAUUUUAUUGGAGUGUCAGAAAAGAGGGCCAUCAUUUAAAACAUUUGCAUAUUUAGCUGCCAAGUUGGAUAAAAAUCCAAAUCAGGUCUCAGAAAGAUUCCAGCAGCUAAUGAAGCUCUUUGAAAAGUCAAAAUGCAGAUAAGUUGCUGAAUUCCUGGGACUCUUAAUUGAUAUUCCAUACUACACAGAAGCUUCAAAUUCCUCAUAUUUUAAAUGAGCACUAGAAAGAGGUUUAUCACCUUUUUGGUUACCAGAUGAUAAUCUACAUUUGUUAUUACUCAGUGACUCUCUAAUUUCACAUCAGCAUGUUCAGCUUGUUCUAGUCAUCAUUCUGAUUUGCUUAUCGGUUUUUGGUCAAAAUAUUUAUUUUUAAACAUGUUAGAACUUACCAAAAUGAAAGCAACAGUGAUGUAUUGAAAUCUUAGUUUUGAUAUUUUAAAGAAAUGACUUUCUAGAUUAAAAAAAUAGUUUUGUAGCAUUUUAAACUUAGUGACUAUUUAGUUCAAGUGUUCAUCCAUUUUUUAUUUGCUUUUCUAAUUGCCUCUCCUUGUUUUGGUAUAUUGUAAAAUAAUUUAAAUAAUGUAUUUAUAAAUAUGUAUAAUUAUGAUAUAAAAUACUGUGUGUAUAUGUAUGUAUGUGUGUUUCUGUGUAUGCACACAUAAAUGGCUUUGCCUAGCCAAGGAUUUUUUUUAUCUGUAUAAAAUUUUUUGUAUAAAGUUUGCUUUCAAUAACAGUAAUGUAUAAUAAAACCAUGUAAAGUUUUGUUGUA